CCUCAAUCCUGACGUGAGGCAUAACUUUUGACAGAGCCCUUUCAGGCCCUUGGAUGAGAGGCAACAACGAAGGGCAACUACUAACUAAUGGGAGUUAGGAAAAAACUUCUCCUGAUUAGAAGAGCAACAUCAACACUGGAGACCACAGGAAACCAUUCAGCUUUGUAUUGCACAAGCAAAGACAUAUUCAAGGAACUGUAUCUUCAGCAGAAGGUCCCUAAAUGGGAGCUCUUCUGAGAGUAAUCUCUGUGUAGUGAUGACUUUUUGCACAGAUAGCUACUUAAAUACAAAAUAAUAAACUUGAAAGAACCAGUGCAGUGUCUUGAGAUCUGCCUCUUGUAGCUCUUUGUUUCUGAUGACCAUAUUCAUGCUUUCUGAGCUUUCUCAUUCAUUGCAGGCACUAAGGUGGUUUUCCUCCUGUUUGGAACAUUCUCAUAAAGUAGCUUUGUUGGUUCAGUCUCAGAAUUGAUGAGCACAAGUUUUGAAGAGACUUUAACGUUGCCUAAGCUCUGCAAGGUUUCCAUGUAGUUGUGGGAUAACCUCCAAAAUGAAGGCACUUUGGUGGAUUUACUCCUCAUGUAAAUAAGCCACGAGGAACACUGUUGACAUCAGUAUUUUAAGAAAAUCUCCAACAUAUUCAUCACGUAAAGCCAAAACCCACUGAAGUUUCCACAGUCUGCAUUUGUGGAACAAUACAUUUACUGCUGAAAAAAAUGAGUUGUUUGUAUCAGUUGCUUCGGAGGAGAAAGUGAGGGCAACAAGACAUGAUUAAGAUAAUCUGAUGUAAAUGGCCAGCCCCAUUUUAUCAGAACCAAACUCAGCUUCUUGGUGGAACUACUUUUUCCUUUAUGAUGGCUCAAAGGUAAAGGAAGAAGGGGAUCCCACAAGAGCUGGCAUUUGCUACUUUUAUCCCUCUCAGACUCUCCUUGACCAGCAGGAACUGCUGUGUGGACAGAUUGCAGGAGUGGUGCGCUGCGUAACGGAGAUCUCCAGUGCUCCCCCCAGUCUCAUUCGGCUGAGAAAGCUCAAGUUUGCAGUAAGGGUGGAUGGAGAGUAUCUCUGGGUGCUGGGCUGUACCAUUGAACUCCCUGAUGUCAGCUGUGGACAAUUUCUGGAUCUACUGAUUGGACUCUUCAGAUUUUACAAUGGAUCUGUGUGUCAUGCUUACAUGGUGUUUUCUUGGGAGGAGCUGAGCUCGCAGUGGGAUAAGUACAUCGAACAUAUUCAGAAAAACACCAGUGACCUGCACAAGAUCUUCAAUUCCCUUUGGAACUUGGACAAAACCAAGGUGGAACCCCUGCUGUUACUGAAAGCAGCUCUCAUCUUGCAGACCUGCCAGCGUUCGCCCCAAGUGUUGGCAGGUUGCAUCCUCUACAAAGGCCGGAUUGUGAGCACGCAGCUUCCACCGCCUCUCACUGCCAAGGUUCUCCUUCAAGGAACUGAAGCUGCAGACAAGAGCAUACCUGGAGGCGGGGAGGUGCUGCAGGAACAUGAUCCCCCACUGCCUCAGGAUGUCUGCAUCGUUCCAGUUUUCCUAACGGAAGACGAAGCCACCGCACUCCGGGACUUUCCAGUAGAGUGGAUGACUAGGUUGCCCACAUCUCCAGCAAACCCUAAAGGAUCUAAGAACACCCUCCGCUCACGGGCAUUCUCGGAUUCGGCCCGGGUUGAUGAAGGUCGAGGCCAGCAUGCCCUGCUGGUGAGAGAGCCCCCCACACAGGCCUCAGGCGCGGCCAGAGCAAAGGAUGCUCUGAAUCCCCCAGCUGGAGCACGGAGCAGCCCAGGCAGCAAAAGCCCAGUGUUGAGUUCUACCCCCCUGAAACCAUCCCCUCCAUCGCAGAGAGAGCUGGGAGCCCUGCCCAGCAAUUCCAGACUGCCUGCUGCAGAGUGCACUCGAGACACAGGUGCAGCCUCAGGGUCCUCUGACUUUCCAAAGCCUUGUGCCCUGGGGCAGGAGGGUCGAAGCACUACGGAACCUGUAAGCAGUGAGCAGAUGAAGUCCGAAUGCCGCAGCCUCCAGAGGCGUCACACAGCCAGUGGCAGCCUUCCCACCUGCUGUCCAUCCAAAGAGACGAGGAGGAGAAGCAGCUCAAGCGAACGUGACAGUCUGUCAAGUGUAGACAGUCAAGACACCAGCAGGCAAAACAGAACAUUCAAAAGAGGAGAUGCAGCAGCCAGGGAUGACGCUUCCGAGCAGGAGCCUCUGCCCAGUGCUGUAUGGGUGGGGCAGCAGUUCCCUGCUGAAGAUUGUGGUAGGAAUCAGUUUCCUGUUGCUGAAGUCCAGGGGAGCCUACCCAGUGGCACUGCAGAAGGCCCAGGCUCUCCCAAGGGCAGAGAGAAGAGUUUGCCUAUGCCAGUAACUACCGGGAUGGACUGUCUAGCAGCAGUAGAUUGCACAGUGUCAGUCAAGCAGGCCACGCUGGUUAAGAUGAUCUUGUAUGUUCACAGAAUUAAAGAGUUAGUGCUCUUGCUGCUGGCGGAGGAGCAGUUUAAGGAUGACCAGGGAUCCAUUGAAGAUGUGUAUCACAGCAGUCUGGCUUCUCUCAAUGGCCUGGAGGUUCACCUGAAGGAGACUUUGCCGAAAGACCAUUCGUCAACAGCCAAAGCCACCUACAGCUUUACUCACUACGACUGCAUUCAGAACGUACUCACAGCAAACCUGCCCCAGGUACUGGGCGCUCAGGAUCAGCACUUCCUGAGAGCUGCUAGUCUGAUCCAUGCUGACUUCAACCAGCUCCCAACUGUUUCUGAAAUGAUAAUCAGGAACGCCUCCACUGCUGUCUAUGCCUGCCAGAACCCAGUCCAGGAAACGUUCUUCCAGCAGCUGGCCACCCCACUGCGCAACUCAGGGGUUCCCAACCCUCAUGACAGUGCGUUCAGCUUACCAAGCAAGGCCAAACAAAAGCUGCUGAAGCAUGGGGUGAAUCUACUCUGAGUGUGGUUUGACUCCCUGGAAUGGCCUGCCCAAAUCCAAGCCAGAAGACGCUCUGUCUCUAAUAAGCUAAGAUGCCAAGACUUUUAUUCCAUGCCAGCUGCUCUUCAAAGAACCUGGGGCACAAAGCAUUAUUUGCGUGUCAUAUCCUUGGUUGGUUAAACAGUGAGUAACCUGGAGCCACUGAGUGCUCAGCCCUUGGGUGAUGGUCUGUACUGCCAGGUAACCCAGCAUGCUGUGCGCUUGUUAUGCGCCACUUUGUAUUGUCGAGGGAUGGUGGGAAAUGUUGACUGUUUCCAAAGAAUUAAGGAGGCAGAUUAUUGCAGUGGCACAGUGCUGCUCAUGACUCACCUCUGCCUCCUUUCGCGUGACGCACCUGGAGUGCCUUGACUGAAAGCCAACGAUUUGCUUGCUCUCAGCUGCACAUGGUGAAGGGUUGCUGUGCAAUACCUGCUUUGUGAGAUGUCUGUCGGGGACUGAUUUUUGCUGCGGGAUUCCUGUGCCUACGUUCCUAGUCAGUCAGACUUAGAAUUAUUUACAUCUCUGGAGCUACGGAAAUGAUCCUGUCACCAGGUAGUGCCUCACCUUGAAUUUACAGUGCUCUGCCUAGUGUCAGACUGACAGGAAUAGAAGAAGAGCAAACAACUCUCUCGCAGUAACACGAAGCACUUAGGGUUUUAUAAUAGCAAUGUCUGGGAGGUCUCCUACUCCCUCCAUCUGUCUUCAGCAUUCCUUCCUUUGGUGAGCUGCUUAAUGCUGUCCCUCCAGACUGCCCACCAAGAGCAGAAACCCACUGUAACCUGCAGACUCCCUGCAGCAUCCCUGCCUUCCAUGAGUGCCAUUACGAUAUCAGUUCACAGGCCUGAACACGCUGCACUCGCUGCCUGUGGUGCAGAGCCCAGCCCUGCGCUGUACCUGCAUCCAGGACUUGUCUGUCUGUCUGCCAGUCCUCCUAUGGAGAAGCUUUUCCUGCCAAAGCUGACCGUACCUCCUUGCUUUCGUGCUACCUCCCUGAAUUCUGCUGUACUGUAUUUGCAGAAAAGGCGAGAGCCCAUUAGCUGGUCACACCAAAAAGCUUUACAGCUCCUCUGCAGCUGCCAUCUUUGCUGAAACAAACUGAACUCCAUUUUUGGCAACUUUUUGGAUUGCAUCAGAUUAGCAAUUACGGCAGCGUAGACCUGAGCUAUGUGACUGACACCUGUCGUUUCUCUGAUACAUUUUGUGUAUUUCAAAGAUUGCAGCUGCUCUGUGCAUGAACAUCUGGGUGGCAGUUGAAAUAAAAAAGCAAAAUAAAGAGGAGACCCCAGGACUCAUCCAUUCACUACUAGUCACUAAUGGUAGACUCCUGUUUAUUGCACAAUCCUCUCACCUGUGACUUCUAACUCUGGUGGCAGGCUGACCAGUGGACUCCCAUAGUACCACGUGUCUCCAGCGCUGCACUCUCGUUCUAUGCAAGUUCAGUGGGGUGUGUCUGCUGCUUAGACACCACCUGAAAUCACUCUUUGGUGGCCUUUCCUCUUGAAGGCGUGGCGGAGUGUGGGAGCCCAGCACUGUGUGGCAGUGGGUGUGGACAGAGGUGUUACUGGCCUGCUAGUGUGGGCUGCAGGCCAGUACUGAGGUGCCGGGCCAGAGCUGUGCUGGGAACCUUGCUCUGGCCAGUCCUGUUUGCUCUCUUCCCCUCUGAGCUAGGUAGGUAAAUGCUGCCCCGGUGAAUCUCAGCCCAGGCUCAGGCUCUGCUGGAACAAUCAUGAUUUCCAGUGGGGCCCCCUCCCCAUUUUCCUUGUUGCCUGUUGACAGGGCAUCUUUGUGCAGCCCUUAGCUGAGUAGCUCAGUGAGCUCUGGGAAGAAUCAGCUCCUGGCUUGCUGGGUGUGGUGUAGUCUGGCUCCCACUUUGUCAGCAGAAAAGCAUUUCAGCAGACAGGAGGGCAGCCAGGUAACCAUGGCCAGGCUUCUCUGCUCCACACGCUGCCAAGCUCCCCACUAACACUGGUCCAAUAGCUGGGAGAGUUGGAGUAGAAAGUGCCUUGUGUAGAAAUGUUAGCAGCAGCUAAUCUGCUGUGGUUCCUGGCAUGGGCUGAAAAGCUGAUCUUCCACGUGCAGUGAUGACUGAUGUGAGGUCGGCACAGUGCCAAGGCACUGCUCCCUGCACUGCAACCAGCCUGCACGUUGUUCGCGUCCUGGAGCCAGAAAGAGCACAGACCAUCCUGCAGGUGAGCAAAGAAUCCUGUGUCUGUCUCAGCCCUAGCGCCAUAGGCAGCAUUCCUCUGACAUUCUGGGCUGAAGGGCUGCUGCCUGUAUUCAGCCAAAUGGUGUCCUGAUGCCGCACAGACAUUGGUCACUCUGUGUCUUUCCACAGCCUUGCUGCUCCCCAACAAAUUAGCCAGAUUUUCUCUGAGGCAUGAGGCAGGGAAGUCUCUGAGUCUGGCCGAAGCAGCUGUGUGACAGCAAGCUGAGCUGCUAGGGAUUGUCAGAACACUCCGUCAUGCAGCCUCCCACCCUGGGAGUUUUGGUAAGUGGGUGACUGAGAUCUAUGAAAAGCCAGGGACCGAUGUCCUGGAGAGGGGCUGUGUAAAAGGCCUGACUAGAGACAGACAGGAGCUCUUGCACAGUAAGGAAACAGAAAGUAAAUACAUGAAUUUGCUGUCUUCAGAAAUCGUCUGCUACAAGCUGCUGUGCCAUCUGUCAGCCACGCUCAGAGCGGUGAUGCCCUUGUUUUCCGUUACUCCUUGUGUCUGGACAGUGAGGCGCAUCCCAGGCAUGUGAUUAUGGAGAGGACACUUGUCUCAGCAGCAGCAUAAUGCUGGGUUGUCGAGUUGGAGUUUGCUGUGCUUCGAGAAAAUGAAAAAAUAGUGGUGUUAAAAAACCCACUAAAAAGCGGCUGCUGCAAGGACAGAGAGUGGUCCAAGUGCUUCCCGGCCUGUGGAGCAGUGCUAAUGAGCCUGGUGCCUCUGGAGCUGAGUGAUGUGUGGGACACUUCACCUCGUUGCCCAUGUACUUUGGAUCAUUCACUGUUCAGUAGCAGAUGCUUGACCAGCAAUGUAGCAAGCUGCUUCCUAAGGUUUCCCCUACCCAAGGCCACUGAUGGACUUUAAGCAGUGUAGCAGGGGGCUGGACAUGCUUCCCCAAAUGGUUUUGGGAAACCCUUCCCUGCAAGCUGGUGGCCCUUCCACUAAGCAUGGAGAACACAAAUUGGGGUAGCUGGUAAGUUCCCCUGCCCUCUAGCUCUGCAUCUGCUGCUGACUGCGUUCUGUGUGGCUGUCGCUGAGAUGCUCUGCACCACUUCAGGCACAUGCCAUGGUGUUGCUUUAAGUCACAGGCUGCGGCAGGUGGGUCCAGCAGCAGUUUUCUGCCUCUUGGAGUGCAUUUGAGCCCUACCCAACUGGGAGCAGACGAGCCCCACAUCUCAGUGGCUUGGCCUUCAGAAGAGGCUGCGAGUGGGUUUGUCACUCGGGGCCACAGUGCAGGGUGAGGCAAGCCAUGGGCUCUUGAUGCUCUCUGUGGUAAUGUGCAGUGCGCAGCAGCCAGGUACUGUAUCGAUGGGUGUGCGUGCUCUUGGGAGAAUGAGAUGGGCUUGGUUUGGGUCCUUGCCCCUUGGGAAGUGGGCUGCUCUCAGGGCAGAGGGCUCAGUCUGUAGCCUUCCUCCUGGCCCCAAACACAAGGAGCAGUGGAACCUGUCUAGGGAGCUAGGCCCAUCCCUUGCCUAGUGAACUGAAAUGCAAGUCCUGGGUGGUUUCAGUGGUCAGUGAUGCAGGGAGGGGCUGACUUUCCAAGGUCACACAGCAGGUGGGUGGAAGUCAGAUUUGGCAUUCAAUUCCAAACGCUAACCGCUAGAUCUGUCUGACUCUGCCAGUUCACAACACAGUCCCUGGACUGCAGUUUGCAUUGACUUCAGGGUCUGUGGACUUCAGGCUGGUUUCUGACGGACAUGGUGUCUGAUCUCGUCUGUGCAGUUGACAGAGGACAGGCAGGGCUGGUGCACAUCUGAGUGUCAUUAAAUUUAACAGGCACGGGCAGACUUGCCAGUGAUGCCUCUAAGAAGAGUGUGCAUCAGCCCUGCUGGAUUCCAGUCGAGUAACUGCCUUCUGCCUCCCUCUGCUCUCCUGCAGUGUCAGGUGAUGCUGGUACUUGUAUUGGUGGUGACUAGCAUGGUAUAGUGGAUGCUGGAAUCCUGAAGAGCAGUAUAGUCUCAUCUGACGUGUAGUAGUGCUGCUGCCGUGUUCUACCCUAGAGCUGGCUGCAUUUUGGAUUACAGUGAUUCUCGUGUCUGUUUGGAUCUUUUGGGACACAGGCGUUGAGUGACUGUUGAAGCAGAGCUGCUAUUCACCCUCCCUGAACGGCAAGUGGAAAAAUUUGGGAUUCUCCAUCCACUCAGCUGUUUGAGCUUCCCUUGGAGCUGCGCCGCGCCUGGCCAUUUCCAGCCCUGUCUGUGUAACGCCAUAUGCCUCUGCAGAGGCUGCCGGGGCAGCAGCUCCAGGGCUGGGUCAUGUCGUUCCUGCUGGGCAUGAUAAUAGCUCUCUGAGCUGGGGGGUGGGGGGGUAGCGGAGGGUGCUGGACUGUACCACGGCUGUCCAGGGAGUUCACACAGCCCUAAGUCCAUGGGCACUGCUGCUUUUGGGCAGGGUGGUGUAACCUCUUAGCUGUGGCAGCCAGGUACGGGGCGCACUCCACACUGGCAGCUCUGUCCUGAGUCCCAGGUCCUGGCACAGGCUGCCCAGCCAGUGCAAGCAAAUACUGGGCACUCAUGGCCAGCUCUUGUCUGAGGCGCCCAGCUAGGCACGAAUGGCAGGGUUCGAGCUAUGCUGCCAAGAGUGCCUAGGCACGUCAAGCUGAGUACAAGCUUCCCCAGCAAUCUGAGGGCCUUGGGGCAGCUGGCCGUGGGCGGGGCAACGGCUUGCAUUUGGGGAAUAAGUGCAGUGGGGGGUGAUAGGGAGGGAAGCAGGUGCUCCCCAGCAGAAGACUCGGGGGGCUCCCAGCAUUUGCCCCCGAGAGUCACUGUAGCUCGCAGCAGGCUGAGGCAGCCACAGCCCCAGGAGUCCAGAGGGUGACACGCUCUGAGUGUGUCUGGGCUGGUGCAUGUGGGGUGGCCUGCCAGAGGGUAACCAGGUGCAAAUGUGCUCAGAUGAGCUGGGGCAGCAGUGAAACAAGAUUUAUUUACUGCUGUAGAUUGAAUUACUUCCUGCCCUGGGCCCUGCUGCCAUUUCCCACAGCCCCUCGAGGUAAUUCCAGGGGCAGGCCGAGUUGGUGCUGUCCUGCUUCAUUUGCCCUCACAUGCCUGUCCUGACACUUAGCUAGCAGCGCACUGGGAUUCACAGCCACAGUGCUGGCAGCGGGACCCGACACUGGAUGUGCUGUUCCUGCACCAGCUGCUAAGCAGCAGCACCACAGCACGUGGAGGAGGGGAGCUGUGCUGGCCCUGCUCCUGCCCCAAACAGCAAACCCCACCUUGUGGCUGCCAUCCUGCAUGUUGGAAGGGUUGCAAUCAAACAUCAGCCCUAUUCAGCACUGAUGAAGAUGGGGGUUGGAGGUUUUCCUGCUCCUGCAAAAACCAACUCCUCUGAAACAGUUGGCGCUAGUCUGGACAGUUCUGUGCCAGUCAGUGGUAUCUAGGCUUCGCCUCAGCAGGCUGACCGGUGUCUGCUCUCGCCUGGCACAGCUCAAGGGGAGCUGCGGUGUUGGCCCUACCCUGAGCUUGCUCCUUAGCCCAUGCUCCUCUUAGCAGUGUUCGGUAUUGGACUAAAUCUGUCUGUUUCUUCUGUCCGCUGCCUGACAGCUGCUCUGUCCCCUUUACGGCAUCUUGGUACAGGUGUAGCCCCGCGUGGCGGCCUUGUCUCUGUCCUAGCCACCCCUGCUUCCCUGUAGUCUUUCCUCCUAGAGCUUCUGCUCCAAAUCUGGUCUUGCUUCUCUCCCUAGUACAAUACCUCCCACCUGCCAGCACCAUAGCAAGGAUCCAAAGUCCCAGGCUUUCACUGCAAAAGAGCCAUCUCAGUGGCAAGUGGAGGACCUCCCCCGCCCCACCCCCACAGCACGCACACAGCCUGUUCGAUUUUUCAGCACAAUUGUUUAUUGAUAGUCUUCCUUAUGUACUGGUACGAAUGGCACCAAACUGUAACAGUUACCGGGUCAGCCUUUCCUUUGUAAUUCUAUCACAAAGUAUUCAAUGUGCGUAGAAAUCAUGCACGUCACAUAUUCUUUUAAGAUAUUUGUGUAAAAAUACUUCAUGUAUUUGAAACUUCUGCCUUAUCUUGCAAUUUAAUCACUGAAAAGAUCUGUGUAGAAAACUCA